ACAAAAGAGAAUCUUCAAAAUCAAAACAAAGGAACCACCACCUUGUCGGAAGACGUCAUACAAAGGGUAAACACACAGGGCGGCACAUCGUGUUUUUGUUUAUAUCUUCUGUUCUCCUUUGCUUCUUUUGAUUUACUGCUCGGAGUUUCUUCGUAUCUGUGUGGCUUGCCGUGUUCAUAGAGGAGACAUUCAUUGACGUACUUUCACCGACACAGAGUAAUAUAUAUAGAGGUAUACAUCGUACCUCGUGAUUAUUUGUAUCAGCCAGUGGUGUGAUCAAGCAAAAGAGGAAGAGCUAUCUGAAACAGAGAUGUCUGACGUUGAGGAAGAUCCAUAUGCGCUUGAGGAAGGUAACGAGAUUACCGCCCAGGACUGUUGGGCGGUGAUUUCCGCUUUCUUCAAGGAGAAGGGUUUGGUCUCCCAACAAUUGGAUUCGUUUGAUGAGUUCAUCCAUACGUCUAUCCAAGAGCUUGUGUGGGAGGACUCCACGCUGAUUUUGGAACAACCUGCUCAACAUAUAACUGAGGCCGAUAACGUCAAUAGAAAGUAUGAAAUCUCAUUCGGUAAGAUCUUUUUAUCAAGACCUACGAUGACAGAAUCCGAUGGUACCACGACACAGAUGUUCCCACAGGAGGCUAGACUCCGUAACCUGACGUAUGCAUCUCCGUUAUUCGUUGAAAUGGACAAGGUUACUUAUGAGAAGCGCGAUGAUGAAAAUGAAUGGAGGGCGUUACCAGAUGAAGUCAAAGAGGAACAGGUGGAUAAGAAAGUUUACAUUGGAAGAGUCCCAAUCAUGUUGAGAUCCAAGUAUUGUCUGUUGAGAGACUUGAACGAAACCGAAUUGUACUCUUUGAAGGAGUGUCCAUUCGAUAUGGGUGGUUACUUCGUCAUUAACGGUUCUGAGAAGGUUUUAAUCGCACAAGAACGUUCGGCUGCAAACAUUGUCCAAGUGUUUAAGAAGUCGGCACCAUCACCAAUCUCACACGUUGCAGAGAUUCGUUCCGCACUGGAAAAGGGUUCUAGACUGAUUAGUUCCAUGCAGAUCAAGCUUUAUGGUCGUGAUGAUAAAGGAUCAGGCAGAACAAUCAAGGCAACGUUACCUUACAUCAAACAGGAUAUCCCAAUCGUGAUUGUGUUUAGAGCCUUGGGUAUCGUUCCAGAUGGUGAUAUCUUGGAACAUAUCUGUUAUGAUGAAAACGAUUGGCAGAUGUUCGAAAUGUUGAAACCUUGUGUCGAGGAGGCAUUUGUUAUCCAGGACCGUGAAGUUGCCUUGGACUUUAUCGGUCGUCGUGGUAAUGCACUGGGUAUCCGUAGAGAAAAACGUAUUCAAUACGCAAAGGACAUUUUACAAAAGGAAUUCUUGCCACAUAUUACCCAAAAGGAAGGCUUCGAAUCAAGAAAAGCCUUCUUCCUGGGUUACAUGGUGAACCGUUUAUUGCUUUGUGCCCUGGAUAGAAAACCACAAGAUGACCGUGAUCAUUUCGGUAAGAAGAGAUUAGACUUGGCGGGUCCUUUGUUGGCUAAUCUUUUCAGAAUUCUGUUUAGAAAAUUGACUAGAGACAUCUACCGUUAUAUGCAGAGAUCUGUUGAGACUGGCGAUGACUUCAACUUGAAAUUAGCCGUUAAGGCAACGACCAUCACAUCGGGUCUUAAGUACUCCUUGGCAACUGGUAACUGGGGUGAACAAAAGAAGGCCAUGAGCUCAAGAGCUGGUGUUUCACAAGUUUUGAACAGAUAUACCUAUUCUUCUACACUUUCCCAUUUGAGAAGAACUAAUACACCAAUUGGACGUGAUGGUAAGUUGGCUAAACCACGUCAAUUGCAUAAUACCCAUUGGGGUCUUGUCUGUCCUGCUGAGACUCCUGAAGGUCAAGCGUGUGGUUUGGUGAAGAACUUGUCGCUCAUGACAUGUAUCUCUGUUGGUUCUGGUUCCGAUCCAAUCUUAUACUUCUUGGAGGAAUGGGGUAUGGAACCAUUAGAGGAGUACGAACCACGUAAAGAGAGAGACUCCACAGCAACUAAGAUCUUUGUCAAUGGUGUCUGGCACGGUAUUCACAGAGACCCAGCCAAGUUGACCGAAACAAUGAGAUCGCUAAGAAGAAAUGGAGAAAUGUCCCCAGAAGUUUCUAUUAUCAGAGAUAUCCGUGAAAAAGAAUUCAAGGUGUUUACCGACGCUGGUAGAGUCUAUAGACCACUUUUCAUUGUUGAGGACAAUUUGGAAACAGGUGAAAAGGAGUUGGCAUUGAAGAAAGAGCACGUUAGUCGUCUUUUGGACUCAGAACAAUACGAAAAUGAACUCGAACCGGAGGAGUAUGAUGCUCACAACUUUACCCCUUACACAUGGACCAACUUGUUGAGUGAAGGUAUUGUGGAGUACGUGGACGCUGAAGAAGAGGAAACAAUUAUGAUUGCUAUGUCACCAGAGGAUUUGAUCCCAGACAACGAUUUAUCAACUGACACAUCGAAUCCAAGUGAACGUAUCAACACUAAAACAUCGUCACAUACUUACACGCAUUGUGAAAUUCAUCCUUCCAUGAUUCUUGGUGUUGCGGCAUCUAUCAUUCCAUUCCCAGAUCAUAACCAGUCCCCACGUAACACAUACCAAUCUGCCAUGGGUAAGCAAGCCAUGGGUGUGUUCUUAACCAACUAUAGUGUCCGUAUGGAUACCAUGGCUAAUAUUCUUUACUAUCCACAGAAACCUUUGGCUACUACAAGAUCAAUGGAGUAUUUGAAGUUUAGAGAAUUACCAGCUGGUCAAAAUGCUAUUGUCGCCAUUGCAUGUUACUCUGGUUAUAACCAAGAAGAUUCCAUGAUCAUGAAUCAAUCUAGUAUCGACAGAGGUUUGUUCAGAUCUUUAUUCUUCAGAUCAUAUAUGGAUCAGGAGAAGAGAGUUGGUAUGUCUGUUGUGGAAGAGUUUGAGAAGCCAAACCGUUCAAAUACAUUAAGAUUGAAACACGGUACAUAUGAAAAGUUGGACGAUGAUGGUUUGAUUGCGCCAGGUGUUAGAGUUUCUGGUGAGGAUAUCAUUAUUGGUAAAACCACUCCAAUUCCACCAGACACAGAGGAAUUGGGUCAACGUACAGUAUAUCAUACGAAACGUGAUGCAUCAACACCUUUGAGAUCCACUGAAAAUGGUAUUGUUGAUCAGGUGUUAAUAACUACGAACCAAGAAGGUUUGAAGUUUGUUAAAGUUCGUAUGAGAACAACCAAGGUUCCCCAAAUUGGUGACAAGUUUGCAUCCCGUCACGGUCAGAAGGGUACUAUUGGUGUUACAUAUCGUCGUGAGGAUAUGCCAUUUAGUGCAGAAGGUAUUGUUCCGGAUUUGAUUAUAAAUCCGCAUGCUAUUCCAUCUCGUAUGACUGUUGCGCAUUUGAUUGAGUGUUUACUUUCAAAGGUUUCUGCCAUUUCCGGUUUUGAAGGUGAUGCAUCACCUUUCUCUGUUGUCACUGUGGAACAGAUCUCCAAUCUACUUCGUGAGAAUGGAUAUCAAUCCAGAGGAUUUGAAGUUAUGUACAACGGUCACACAGGUAAGAAACUUAUGGCACAGAUUUUCUUUGGACCAACCUAUUAUCAACGUUUGAGACAUAUGGUUGAUGAUAAGAUCCAUGCUAGAGCUAGAGGUCCAGUGCAAAUCUUGACCAGACAACCUGUAGAAGGUCGUUCGAGAGAUGGUGGUUUACGUUUCGGUGAAAUGGAACGUGAUUGUAUGAUUGCGCAUGGUGCAGCAUCCUUCUUGAAGGAGAGAUUGAUGGAGGCUUCUGAUGCAUUUAGAGUACACAUCUGUGGUGUCUGUGGUUUGAUGUCGGUGAUUGCAAAGCUCAAGCACAAUCAGUUCGAAUGUCGUGGGUGUAAGAACAAGAUUGAUAUCUAUCAGAUCCACAUUCCAUAUGCUGCAAAGUUAUUAUUCCAAGAGCUUAUGGCCAUGAACAUUGCACCACGUCUAUACACAGAUCGUUCUGUUGCAUUUUGAGACGUCUACAAAGAUGAGACAUCCCUCUUACUGACUGUAUCAUAUGAAGAUGAUUGAAUAAAGAGAAAAAAUCACAUACAAUUCCGAAUAAAAAAAGUUAUUUUCAUUUUUAAUCUUUAUGUACGUGCUCAGUAUGAGUAAACACUUCUAUUUACAUGGC